AUGCGGUCCAGAAACAGAUAUCGUUCUAUCAGCAGCCCGUAUAAGAAGCCCAACCUCAACCUGAUGAGACUUUUUCUUGCGAUUUUCGUGUGCAUAACAGCAAUCAUCCUAGCAGUCUAUCGACAAGACGAGCUUACUGAGUAUAUGCGAUUAUUCUUGCGAACAUCGAACCUCAAGACAGCAGCUCGAAGUCUUCACCAAAACAUCACAGCAAAUCGGACGCUUUCGACGAUGUCACCACACUCUACUUUCGUCGGUCUCCCAGUCAUCCCACCAGAGGACCCGUCACUCAAUGCUGUCUCGCCAAAGCCAAGAGGCAUCCAACAAGUCUUCCUAGCCCGGGAGCAAGGCGAAGGAGCGGGUGCGACCGUCCGACGAUCGAUUGGAACACCCAAGCUGAAGAAUUUCACACCCUUCCUCAUGCUUGACCACUUCUCCGUCGCUCCAGGUGCUGGCUUCCCCGAUCAUCCUCAUCGCGGACAAGAGACGAUAACGUACCUGUUAGAAGGAGCAGUAGACCAUGAAGACUUUGCUGGGAACAAAGGCACCAUCAAUUCUGGUGACUUGCAAUUCAUGACCGCGGGACGAGGAAUCGUGCAUGCGGAAAUGCCGCACGAUGAUGGAAUGGGGUCGACUAACAUCGGUAUGCAGCUUUGGGUUGAUCUACCGAAGGAUCUGAAAUCCUGCGAGCCACGAUACCGUGAUCUGCGGUCUGAGGAGAUUCCAGUGGCUACCGCAGACGACGGCAAGGUUACUAUCAAGGUGAUCAGUGGACGCUCGUAUGGCGUAGACAGCGUACAGGAGCUGGCAUAUACACCCGUCUGGCUUCUGGACGUCACCGUCAAGCAAGGUGGUAAAUUCGUCCAGAACCUGCCAGCUGGCUGGAACUCUUUUGCAUAUAUUCUCGAGGGUACAGUCACAUGGGACACUGGUGCGACAUCGCAGGAAGUGCAUCAGUAUCACAACACUGUCUUCGAGCAGAAGGGCGACCAGGUCAUUGCAUCGGUUCCAGGUGAUGCAAAGGAGGGUACGAGGUUCAUUCUGGUGGCUGGGGUGCCACUUACCCAGCCCAUCGUGCAGUACGGACCGUUCGUCCUGACAGAUCCGAGCCAAGUCAGGCAGGCCAUGAUGGAUUACAGCUCCUUCACCAACGGCUUUGAGCGGGCAGAGAAUUGGCGCAGCGAGAUCGGAAAGGUCAUGAUGGGUUGA